AUGGCGGUUAGGGGACUAAUCGCAGACGAAAAGCGACCUUGUGCUUGCCUAGAGACGCACGUGGAUUCAAGGGAUGGACUCCCUGGUUCUGCUGAGCCAGGACUGACUCAUGACAUCCUUUUAUCCCUCACGUCGGUCCAGCCAAAAGCCUGCAAUCAAGUGACUGGGAAGUGCAAGGGAGGCGGUUUGGAGUCGCCUACAACAAAUAAGCUCCACAUGUCCACUCCGGGAGAACGAAAGUUCCCAAAAACUCAUAGGACUAUAGGCUUGCAACUUGCCCAUGGGUUUUAA